GGCGCUUUUGAACGCGUGCGUGGAGGUGCUCGGUUCGGAUCUGGGGCGCGGAGACCGGCGCGAUGCUCCGGCUGGCGGUUCCGUGGCUGGGUCGGGGGGCGUCGUUGUCGCGGGUCUUGUCCACCUUGUCUAAUCAGAAGGGCGUUCCAGGCAUCGCUGGCGUUUCUGCUAAUGAGGCAGAGGCAACGUCCCUCCCAGCGACGCGCUGUGGCAGGGUCUCCAGUGACCCCAUCCUACGGAAAUGCAACACUGCUGUCCCCAAGCACCUGGUACCUGUCCAGGCCUGGGUGGAGUCCCUGAAACAUUACGAUGCCAGAUUCGAGGGUCUGGCUGACCUGCACCCUGAUGUGUUUGCCGUAAUGCCCCGCCUUGAUAUCUUGCAUGCGGUGGUCGUUUGGCAGAAGAACUUCAAAAGGAUUAGUCUUGCCAAGACCAAGACACGAGCAGAGGUGCACGGUGGCGGCAGGAAACCCUGGCGGCAGAAGGGAAGCGGCCGGGCCCGGCAUGGCAGUAUCCGCUCGCCAUUGUGGCGUGGGGGUGGCGUGGCCCGCGGCCCCCGCGGCCCCACCAGCUACUACUACAUGCUGCCCAUGAGGGUGCGCGUCUUGGGCCUCAAAGUGGCGCUGACGACGAAGCUGAUGCAGGACAACCUGUGCAUUGUUGACUCUCUGGAGAUACCAACUUCAGACCCCCAGUAUCUGACGGACCUGGCCCGUUACAGGCGCUGGGGGGCAUCGGCGCUGAUUGUGGAUGUCAACGAGAUCCCGGAGAACAUCCAGUCUGCUGCGAGUCGUCUGAAAACGAUCACGGUCAUUCCAGCGAUAGGCCUGAACGUGCACAGCAUGCUGAAGCACGAGACGCUGGUGCUCACCCUGGACACAGUCUCCUUCCUGGAAGAGAAGCUCCUCUGGCACGACGUGCGGUACCGCCAGCUGUACCCUUACCGGCUGCCCUACAGCGACCUCCCAUAGCGUUCUGUGGCAGGGGCCGGGGAGGCCGCCGGGAGCGAAAGGUGCUUCCCGCCGGGUACGCCGGAGCGAACUCGUCUGCUGAAGUCCUAGCCCGUCGCUGGGCAGAGAUGAACUGCUCAAGAAA